CCCCCCCCCCCAUUCUUUACCUGGAGCCCUGCGUGCCGCAUCCCGCUUACCAUUUCGACACCGCUCUCGUGCGCAGUCCCCGACCCAUGGAACAGCUGUAGGCUCCUGGUUCGCUUUACUUUAUCCCUUCAACCACCGCCCAUCGGCCCUUGACGACUCGACGACGAUACGAAUCCGCAGCUUCGCCGCUCACCAACCUAUCCUUCAAUUUCAUCUUGCUUUCGACUAUCCUGGACGACUGGAGACUCUAGGCAGGCCAUUGGACGAGCCCACAGAGUUGUUUUUCUCCCCGGAAGUACAAAUCCGGACCCGAACUACGAAGCACAUGUCCUCCCCCUUCCUACAUUGAAUUGCCCGUGACACCAUGCCCGCUACCCAAAUGAACGCCCUGGGGGCGUUCACCCACUUGUCAGAAAACAUACCGUCCUGGAUCAGUCGGCUUGCCGAACUAUCGACCCAUACCGCUGCGAAGCACGCAGAAUAUGCCGAAGCCUACAAAAGACAUGUCGCAGUAAGACCGCGUCGUCGCAAGAACAGCUCUAUCUGCUCCAUCCGACCCGAUGACUUGCGCUCGUCGGCUCCCGACACCGAUAUCCAGCCCCAGUCAUCCGCCGCCGAAACACGGACCACUGUCACCACCCCAAAUACCUCCCAGCAUCAGUCGAAUGUGAACCCCCGGAAACGCGGCGCUGAAGAAGCGCCCAGCCUGGAUGGUAGCGACGAGAGUCCAUACGUCAGUACGCGGAAUAACCUCAUCAUCCACUAUGAUGGUCAUACACAAAAGGUUUUGGAGGAGAUGGUGCGAAACAUUGGAACGGCUCGGAACAACAUCCGGAAAGGCAGAAUGGCUCAGCUGCCGAUGGCAGGCUACCGCAACAAAAUGCUGGACAGAAGCACGGGGAUGAAUAAUCUAGCCAGUUCACUUUCCAGCUCGGAUUCAAGCGAAAACGAUGUGCUGUCCAGCAUCCGCAAAGCCCGGAACCAAGGCCCUCCAGGACCUCGCGCUCGAGAACACUCCCCAUUCGAUACAGCUGAGAAGCAACUGGAACUGGUCCAUGGAAUGUGCGAGACGGCUGCGUAUCACUUUCUACGAUCAGGCGACUGCUCGGCAGACUUAGCCAGCGUAGAAGGCGAAUUCAAGAACCUGCUAGACCUGGCCACCAACGAGGUUGGGCGUCUGAAGGCGGAACAGCAGGAGGCACCUGCGGCUCAGGAAGAAACUCCGAUCACGGCGCCCACGGCUACAACCAUCGAGGCUGACAGGCAGUCCCUUUCGAAGAUUGACACCAUCGAGGUGGAUGAUGGUACCGAUUCGGUGGAGUCCAUUGACCUGACCGCUUUCCGCGUCAACCGCCUUCGUCGGUAGACGAGCAUUGACAGAUUUCACAUCCGGCAUGGCGGGCGCACUCUUUUCGCAUGAAUGUGGAAGCAUUGAUCUGAUUCUUUCCAAGCGAUGAUACCACUAGCAUACUCCUUUCUGCUUCCCAUUCGCUGUCUUACUGAAGUUGCAUUUCGAUGAACCUUUGUUAAAACCUGUCUGAUCUACAAGCGCGACUAUUGAUGAGGCGCGUGGUGUUGGCUGGGGCGUUUGUUGUUUCUGUUCUUCUUUCUCCACGCCGUGUACUUUCCGUCAGCAUUUCUCUGCAUAGUUCUCAAUGGGGUACAUACGUUCAACUGGCAGUGCUUUCUCCGGCG